AUGACGAGGUGGCAGCAGCCGCAGCCGAGCUUUUGGAUCAGCUGGCAGAGCCAGACGCGACUUUUUCUGGUGGUCGUCGGACCUUUCACUAUCGCGGCAUCGAGGUGGAGUAUUGGGAACUCGACGAAGAUCCUUGUGAUCUGCUCUUCGGCUAUGGUGCUUGGCCAGUGGCUGAAUCUCUCUCAAAACUGCUCAUCAAUUCGACUUUGUCGGAGCAUGAUUCACAAGUUUUUCCAUCAGUGCGGCAAACACGUACUCGAGAUAGGCGCCGGUGUGGCGCUGGUAGGGCUCACCUGCUGUGCUUGCGGGGCCAAAGUUCGGUUGACGGACGGGGAGAACCGCUUGGUCAAAGCUUUAGAGGAGCAUCAUGGUCAUCACAACGAGCUAAGCUUUGAGGUCCUGGAUUGGAACGUGGAUCAAGGCGUGGAGCAAUUUGAUGUCAUCGUGGCCUCGGAUGUGUUGCUUUGUUGCUGUGGUGCUCCAGAGGCGCUGCCAGCAGUCCUCUCCAGACGCCUCAAGCUGGAUGGCAAGGCUUUGCUGUUGAACGCGCUUCGCGGUGCACGCGCGCAGCUGCUGCUUGGAGACAAUGUCUUUUGGAAAUGUCGAAUUGGCAGCGAACGUCACGUGUCGUUGCGGGUGAAGAACUUGCGAUUCCUGGCAAGCUUGAAUGAAGAAGCUCUGCGCUCACAGGCUCGGCUUUGUGCGCUACUCGAGCGCAGUGAGGGAGCCUUGCUGCCAGAGAUCUCAGUGUCCCAGAAGGGGGUCAUCUUCGAUUUGGUCGCCCAGCUUCUGGAUUUCGCUUUGGCAGAGGCGAGCAAACAUGCAUCAAACUUGUCUACAGCCCCUGCCCGCAUUCUGGAGCGAGUUAUGUCGUUUGCCCUGGCGUUGGAGCAUGGCAAGGAGCUCGCCAUGCCGGUGGACUCUCGGACACAGGCAUUGAAACUGGCCUCUCUCAUUGACACCCAGUUGCUCUGCCAGGUGGUGACUGGACCUUUCCGGCGGCGCCUAUUGGCUUUGUCUAGAAGCGCGAUGGAGGCUACGCAACUGCCAGCCGCAGCAGGAGUCUUUCUGGUGGUGUGA